UGUCGUGCUCUAACCGCCGGUUUGACAUCUUCUGAUCCGACUGCUAGGCAGCCAAUAUAUCGGACGUGCCGGGAGGAAAGCAAAUACCAAAGCAGGCGAAUUAACAUAGGAAUGGCUAUGUCGGUGGCAAAUAAUCUCAAAAAGCGUGCUCUGGCACUGCUGGCAGCUGGGUCCGAGGAAAUGGAGCUUGUCGUUGCCGUCGAUGUGCUGCGCCGUUGCGAUAUUGACGUGACAGUCGCUCUGGUGCAGGACGAAGCGGUGAGCACCAGCAACGAAGAGCUGGUGGCGCGAUGUUCCCGUAACGUAAACAUCCAAGCGGAUGUAACGCUGGCCAAAUAUCUGCAAGAGAACAUUAGCGACGAGGCGAGCCUUCCCGAUGCUAUCAUCCUUCCCGGUGGCCUUGAGGGAUCUCGCUUGAUGUCGAAAGCAGCGGCGGUCGGUGAGCUGCUGCGCCACUAUCAAAGUAGCGCGAAAAUUGUGGCUGCUAUCUGUGCCGCACCGACCGUGUUUGCCGCACACGGUAAUCUGUUCGCGGGCCGCCGAUUAACUUCCUACCCGGCCUUCAAGGAUUCGCUGAACGGCGCCGGAUAUGCGUGGCAGGAACCGGAACAAUCGCCAAACGGUCGGGUGGUACGCGAUGGUAAUCUAAUCACGAGCAUGGGCCCGGCGACAUCGUUUGAUUUUGCCUUGACGGUAGGUGCGGCCCUGACCAAUCAGGAGACAGCGGAAAAGGUAGCAAGCGCAAUGCUCUACAAGUGGCCCCAUUAAACCGAUUAAUCUAUAACACAGGGCGGUGAGUUAUGAUAUUAUUCGAAUUCAAGUAAUGUAGAAACAAUGGUUUAACUGUUAUAACAAAUAAAGCGGAUCCAAAG